AUGGGAGAAACAAAGAAGAAACAGCAACAAGCAAAGGCAGACAUUGACCAGAAGUUUGCAAUGGCCCGUCCAAAUCGGCAAAUUUUGGAGGAUCUUGCGGUUGCCUGUGCCAAGGAUCCAUCUCCUGAUAAUACCUUCCAAUAUGCAUUUUGCCUUUCCAAGUCACCAGAGAGAUCUGAGUUGCGUUAUGCCAUUACGAUUUUGGAUGGGCUUGUCAAGGAAGGAUACGAACAUCAAAUGGAUUGUAUGUAUGGUGGAGCAUGCGCCUUUUAUCUUCUAGAGGACUACGACAGAUGUAGGGAACGCUGUGAAAACAUUCUGCGGUCGAAUCCUGAGAGCCGGCUUACAAUGGAGCUUCAUCUCGCAUGCAUCGAAGCAAAGGAACAGAAGGAAGCAGAAUUGAUGAAGAAGACUGCAAUUGGAGGUGCCGUUGCCAUGGGAGCUCUUGGUGUUGCAGGUGCAGUGGCCAGCGUCUUGUUGGCAAAGAGAUAG